AUGGCGACGGAAAAACCAGAGGGCCAUGUUCCAUCCAGCGCAUCGAUUCCACUGCCUACGAAAGAGAAUACACUACAGCAUCGCUACAGCACCAGCACUGACCGGAACACUCGAGCUGUAAAUGUGCGAGUCCGCAAUGUAUCGGUGAAGGUGGACCCAGCCGGAGGUUCGCUAUUCUCUUCGAUCGAUGCUGUCAAGUCCAGGGUCUUGCGUAGCUAUGCCAUUCCGACGAUCAAGGAUAUCUUGAACGACGUCUCAGCAGAUCUCCCCAGUCGCAGCCUGACCGCGAUUGUCGGCGCCAGCGGGAGCGGCAAGACGACACUUCUCAAUGUCAUCGCACACCGCGUCAAAGACAAGAGGCUUCGACAGCUCGGAACCGUCACGUACAAUUCCGAAGCGUUGGCCAUACCGAAUGGUCAAGAUGCUGGAUCUGGUUCUGGGUCUGCAAGGGUUGGAGUGGCGUACGUGCUUCAGCAAGACGUGCUUCUACCCAGCCUGACGGUGCGAGAGACCCUCCAAUAUGCCGCGGAUCUACGGCUGUCGACAACCAAGACACGAGCGGAGCGAGAGGCCAUGGUGGAAACCGUGAUCGACGAGCUUGGCCUGGGGAAGUGUGCCAACACCAGGAUAGGCGACAACGCUCACAAGGGUUGCUCUGGUGGAGAGAAACGACGCACGAGUAUCGGGGUCCAACUGCUUGCGGAUCAGCCUGUUCUGAUUCUGGACGAGCCCACGACGGGGUUGGAUGCUGCAUCCGCGAUCCAAGUAGUGCAGACUCUCAAGAGUCUUGCUCAACGGGGAAAAACUGUCAUCAUGACCAUUCAUCAACCACGCUCCGAAAUCUGGAGACUGGUAGAUAACCUGAUCUUGCUGGCCCGAGGCUCGCCGGUCUAUUCUGGCCCGGUUCGAGAAUGUCUCCCGUACUUCGAGCAUCUCGGCUACAGGAUGCCUCCAUUCUUCAAUCCAUUUGACUUUGUCAUCGACCUCGCAGCUGUGGACCUGCGCUCGCAGACCCUCGAACAGACCUCCCUGAUUCGAGUGCGGAAAUUGCAUGAAGCGUGGAGGACUCAUGGGACUGACGCUUCCGCUGGCGAACCAGAGUCGCUGAUAGACGAGACUUUCGACGGGAAACAAGUCGCGCAUUCUGGAGACCGACUCAACGAGCUUCUCCACGAGGUCAUUGUGCAUACUCGUCGGACAUUUGUCGUGACAUGCCGUGACCGACUGGGUCUCGUCGCCAGCAUAGUUGAGUCGUUGAGCAUGGGCAUCAUGAGUGGCUGGAUCUUCUACCAGCUGGGCAGCGACCUUGCCGGCAUCAGAUCCCGGCAAGGAGCCAUGUACUCGGCUUGCGCCUUGCAGGGUUAUCUCAUUCUUCUCUUCGAGACUUACCGGCUGACCAUCGACAUCCAAGUCUACGACCGAGAGCGAAUCGAGGGUGUCGUCCGGCCAAUCAGCUUCAUCGUCAGCCGAAGAUUUGCACGCAUCCCACUCGAAGACCUGCCGGUCCCAUUCUUGUACGCGGUGAUAUUCUAUUUCAUGGCUGACUUCCGCGCGGCUGCCGGCCAAUUCUUCACAUUCUUUGCAAUCCAACUUCUACUCCACAUGAUCGCGGUCAACUUGGCCACCGUGUGUGUCGCGCUCAACCGGCAAUUCAUGGUGGCGUCUUUGAUCGCGAAUCUGACAUUCACGCUUCAAUCGAUGGGGUGCGGGUUCUUCAUCAACACUCGCUCGAUUGCCGUCUGGCUGCGAUGGAUCAAAUGGGCUGCAUAUGUGUUCUAUGCCUUCGGGGCCCUUUGUACUAAUGAAUUCGCGGGCCAUUUCUACGAUUGCCCAAGCCCUGGAGGACCCUCUGAUCCAGCCUGCAGGGAGUACACAGGUGACUAUAUCCUGGCCUCACUGAACCUCCCUUCAAACUGGCUUUGGAGACCUAUCAUCGUUCUUGUUGGCUUCAUCCUGUUCUUUUUCAUCCUGUCAGGAGUGAUUCUGCAGGUGCUUACCGAGGAGGUCGAGAUGGCAAGGACGCAUGAAAGUAAAGCAGCCUCUACCGCAGACGGCCAAGAGACCAAUGCAAGGGCGGGCGACGCGAACAGAACGGUCACUGUGACCCUUGACCACUUUGGGCUGGAGAUUGAGCGAAGACCGUUCAAGAGUAACCUGACCAAGCGCAUUUUCAAGUCCAUCAAUACGACGUUCGAGCCGGGCGUCUUGAAUGUCAUCAUGGGUCCGUCUGGAUCGGGGAAAUCGUCAUGCCUGAACGCCAUGGCACGGCGGCUCUCCGGAUCCGUUCGGGUCAAGUACUCGUCUUCGGGAAGGAUGCUCCUCAACGGGGCCACCGCGACCGAUGAUGUGGUGACCUCAAUCUGCUCCUACGUGCCCCAGGAUGAUUCGGCCCUGCUGCCGUGCUUGACGGUGCGAGAGACACUGCACUUCGCAGCGCGGCUUCGUCUCCCGGCGUUUCUGAGCCACGAGCAAAAGGUGCAACGUGCCGAGUCGGUCUUGUUGCAGCUCGGCCUCAAAGACUGCGCGGACACGCUGGUUGGCAGCGACAUGGUCAAAGGGAUCAGUGGCGGCGAGAAACGCCGGGUGUCGAUUGGGAUCCAGAUCCUCACUGACCCCCAGGUGCUGCUCCUAGACGAACCCACUUCGGGUCUCGACGCAUUUACCGCCUUCUCCAUCAUUCAAGUCCUCAAAGGCCUGGCGGACGAGGGAAGGACAAUCAUCUUUUCCAUCCACCAACCGCGGUCCGACAUGUUCAAGCAGUUUGGAGGGGUACUUCUCCUGGCAACCGGCGGCGAAGUCGUCUACACCGGUCCCGUCUCUGACAUGCUGCCUCACUUUGAAAGGAUGGGAUUCACCUGCCCGGAGUCGGCCAACCCAGCCGAUUUCGCCCUCGACCUCGUGUCGGUUGAGACGCCCAAGUUGCUGCAACAGCACCAAUCCAACUUGACCCCGCUGCCGCCGACGACAACGACAACAACAACGACAUCAACAUCACCAGCCAUCACCGCCGUGAUCGGCGUCGACGACACAACGACCUCUGCCGUAAACGAGGCCAAGUCACCGACGCCGUCGAAAGAGACACACCUGACCCUCCCAGCGGCACUGGGAACUUAUGCGCGGAGGAAGCUGCCGGUGCAGCGGGCAUUUCCCAUCCUGCUACAACGGGGGAUGGUCAACUUGCGGCGCCAGCCGAACCUGCUGACCGGGCGCAUCACGCAGCUGGUCGGGCUGGGGAUCGUGCUCGCGGCGGUCUGCUCGCCCCUGAAGCACGACUAUUUCGCGGUGCAGACGCGCGUGGGCUUCAUCCAAGCGCUGUCGAGCAUGUUCUUCGUCGGCAUGCUGAACUCCAUCGCCAUGUACCCGGGCGAGCGGGACCUGUACUACCACGAGGAGCGCGACGGCACGUACGGCCUGGAGGCGUUUUUCCUGUAUUACCUGGCCCUCGAGGUGCCGGCGGAAGUGGUGGCGUCGAUGCUGUUUUCCGUGCUGACCGUCUUCGCCAUCGGCCUUCCGCGCACCGCCGGCCAGUACUUCCUCAUGGCCUACUCGUCCUUCUGCGUCGUCGAGUGCGGCGAGAGCUUCGGCAUCCUCUUCCUCACCCUCUUCUCGCACAUGGGCCUCGCCGUCUCCGUCAUGUCCGUCGUCCUCUCCAUCUCCAUCCACCUGGGCGGCGUCCUGAGCAUCGGCGUCGACCACUUCUUGUCCGCCGUCAACCACAUCUCCCCGGUCAAGUGGCAGGUCGGCGCCCUCUCCAGCUAUAGUCUGCGCAACAUCCGUUUCACCUGCGCCCCCGACCAGACCCUGGCCGACGGCUCCUGUCCCAUCCAGACCGGCGCCCAGGUCCUCGAUCUGUACCGCCUGAAUGUCGACACCGUCACCUAUGCCCUGGCCCUUGGCGGUGUCACCGUCGCUUACAGGCUGCUCGCCUACCUGGGCUUGAAGAUUCGAGCGGCCGAUUGGAAGGCUUGGAUGAGCUCAAGCAUGAACAAGAAGAAACCGUAG